AUGUUGUGUUGUGCUAACCUCAUUGCAGGUGGAGGCGGGAUUACAAGCCCGCGGCGUUUGGAGUUUAGGGAAUCCCCCUUGUAUAGAGUCUGGGAUGGCCUAUUCGGCGAACAUCGACAUUUUGUGGCGCUUCUCGGAACGUCUGUGCCUAGGACGGCUAAGUUUGGGGGUGCCAACUCGAGCUCGAUCGAGUUGGGUGUCAAAACCAGAAAAGUGGUCUUUUGGAGCAUUCUGGAGCAUAUGGGACAUAAGGAGCAUGGAGGGACUUGGCACAUGGAAGCAGCUCAACUGGAUACGCAAAGGAAGAAGGGAGAAGCCAUCUUGAAGACCAGCUCGACCGUCUACUCGACCAACCGGUCGAGUUCCUCAACUCGACCGGCCAAGCUUCAACUCGAUCGAGCUGAGAAGUCAAAGUCAAACCCGAAAAAUGUUGCUUCCCCCUUGACUUUCCUUUGA